CACCCAUCCUUCCUUCACCGUGACAUCCCAUAACCUGAUGGUUCUUGGCUGGUGCAAGCUUCCUUUGCCUAUCCAGUGGUGACCUUACCUAACCUCUGCCACUCAGAGCAGAAUCUUACCCACCUGGUUGGCAAAACCUUAGGAGUGAGCUCAGAUGAGCAAAGAACUGGUUAGGUUUGGGAAAAGAAUACAUGGAAGGCCCCGGGAGUUUAGUAUCCUUGAUUGAGGUUUUGAUUGAAAGGGUCCCUCUGACUGCCCAAAAUGGGGGGCCAUUCCUUUCCUCUUCUCCCAGGUGUUCAAAGGCUCACCCAGACCCUUUCCAGGAAAAUACACACACACACACACACCCAUACAUAUAAUUUAUGUAUAUAAUUGAGACAGGUUCUCACUAAGUUGCUGAAGCUGGUCUUCAAACUUGCGAUUCUCCUAUCUCAGCCUCCUAAGUCACUGGAAGUUACUGGUGUGCAACACCAUGCCUGGUCCUUCCAGAUCUUGAAGCCCUUUGCAGACAAGAUGCCUUUGUUGUGAGACCUCGGAUCCGACAAGGAGUAGAAUCCUAGAAGGCUGCCCAGAGGCUCUGAUCUCCAGAUCCUGCCUCCGUACUCACCCCGUCUGUUCUUUCUGCCUCACAUCUUCCCUCCUCAGUGUCCUUAGAGCAGGUCUGUGCUGGUCUCCAGCGCCCGCUCUUCCUGUUCUCAGCUUCCGUCUUCUCGGUUUCCACCCAGCACCCCACCUGCCAGAACCCAGCCUCCCUGGACCUGGCUGGCUUUGAGUCGGUCCUCAGUCCCUUUGGCUGUAGAAACCAUCCUGCCCCCAAUGAGAAGAGAAGUGGGUCCAGGUCUCUUGAGAGCUGAGCGUUCAGGGCAUUGAGCUGACGCACACACUGUGACCUCUGCCACUGAAGACAUCUGCACCUUCCAUGCGGAGCCGAGAUGGGGAAUGGGACCGAGGAAGAUUAUAACUUUGUUUUCAAAGUGGUACUGAUCGGCGAGUCAGGCGUGGGGAAGACCAACCUGCUGUCCCGAUUCACGCGAAACGAGUUCAAUCACGACAGCCGGACCACCAUCGGGGUGGAGUUCUCCACGCGCACCGUCAUGUUGGGCACCGCAGCUAUCAAGGCUCAGAUCUGGGACACAGCUGGCCUGGAGCGAUACCGAGCCAUCACCUCGGCGUACUAUCGUGGAGCAGUGGGGGCCCUGCUGGUGUUCGACCUGACCAAGCACCAGACCUAUGCUGUCGUGGAGCGCUGGCUGAAGGAGCUCUAUGACCAUGCUGAGGCCACUAUUGUUGUCAUGCUUGUGGGGAACAAAAGUGACCUCAGCCAGGCCCGGGAAGUGCCCACUGAUGAGGCCCGCAUGUUCGCUGAAAACAAUGGGCUGCUAUUCCUGGAGACCUCAGCCCUGGACUCCACCAAUGUCGAACUGGCCUUUGAGACUGUCCUCAAAGAGAUCUUUGCCAAGGUGUCCAAGCAGAGGCAGAAUAGCACCCGGACCAAUGCCAUCACCCUGGGCAGUGCCCAGGCUGGGCAGGAGCCUGGCCCUGGGCAGAAGAGGGCCUGUUGCAUCAGCCUCUGACCUUGGCCAUGACCAACCCUGCCCCCCACCCCCAUGCUUCCUGAAGCUCCCCACCCCACCCCCAUUGCAGGACUCUCUGCCCUUUGGUUCACAGCCCCCCAGAGCCCUGGGGUCUUCAUGCCCCUCCAUGCGUAUCUUUAUGAACUAUCUACCCCACAUAGGCUAGGACCCUCAAAUAAAUCUGUUUUGUAUCAAU